AAUCUACGUAACGCUCGCUCCAUCAUCCUCCUCCUCCGGCUCGGUGUAUGUGUAUUUAUUUGUUUAUUUACCCGCAAAACCGAGAGCCAUGGCGGCCCAGAAGAUCAACGAGGCGCACGACCACAUCACCAAAGCAGAGAAAUGCUUGAAGACCAGCAUGACCAAGUGGAAACCCGAUUACGACGGAGCCGCUUCAGAGAUGGCCAAAGCAGCUGUGGCUUUCAAAAACGCAAAACAGUUUGAACAAGCGAAGGAUGCGUACUUGAAGGAGGCCGAGUAUCACACUGAAAACAAAGCACUCUUCCAUGCAGCAAAAGCGUAUGAACAAGCUGGUAUGAUGCUGAAGGACAUGAAGAAAAUGCCCGAAGCCAUUCAGCUGAUAGAGAAGGCCAGCAUCAUGUAUGUGGAGAACGGCACGUCUGGCACUGCUGGAAUGGCACUGGACAGAGCUGGAAAACUCAUCGAGCCGAUUGAUCUAGAGAAAGCCGUGGACUUGUACCAGAAGGCCGCAUCUGUGUUUGAGAAUGAAGAUCGUCUCAGACAGGCUGCAGAGCUGCUUGGUAAAUCCUCCAGACUGCUGGUCAGACUGCGCAGGCUGGACGAGGCUGCUGUGGCUCUUCAGAAAGAGAAGAACAUGUACAAGGAGAUUGAGAACUACCCCACAUGCUUUAAGAAAACCAUCGCUCAGCUAGUUCAUCUGCACCGAGGAGACUUUGUGGCUGCAGACAAGUGUGUGAGAGAGAGUUACAGUCUCCCAGGGUUCAGUGGGAGUGAGGACUGCGUGUCGAUGGAGACUCUGCUGGCAGCGUUUGAUGAGCAGGAUGAGGAUGGGGUGUCGCGGGUCUGCAACUCACCACUGCUCAAGUACAUGGACAACGACUAUGCAAAGCUGGCCAUCUCUCUAAAGGUGCCAGGCGGCGGUGGAGGAAAGAAGAAGAAAUCUCCUGCGCCUCCUCAAGGGGGCAGCGCAGGACCACCAGCACCUCAGGAGGAUGACGAUUACGAGGGAGGCUUGUGUUAAUUCAUGAUAUUGCAAGAGUGUGUGUGUGUGUGUAAGCAU